GUUGCUUGUUUUCUGAUCUGUCGUUGUCUGUGUUCUGUUCGGUUAAUGGGAAUUUUGGAGGUUUUACUUUUUUUAUGAAUAAUCAUAAAUAAAUUAUUUGUAUAAAAUGGGAGACCAGGGCCAGUCGGAAAAACAUAUUUCAAGUGAUGGUGAACCACAAGUUAAUCAAGAUGAACUCAUAUUAGCUCAACAACGCCAAAUUGAAAAAGAAAUUUCAGAGACCACAGCUAUAGUAGGGGACUUGGAGCCGAUUACAUCCCUCAACAAUGAAUAUUCUGCGGAUGACGUAUAUCUAGAUAAAGUUAAGGAUUUGGCUUCAAAAUACAAGCAUAUUCGCAGAACUAGGCCUGAUGGAAAUUGCUUCUUUAGAGCCUUCAGUUAUGCAAAUAUUGAAAGACUGCUAGGGAAAAAAGAAGAUUAUAAUGAGUUUUUUAAAUUAUCUGAAAAUAGCAAAGAUGCUCUAGUUUCCCUUGGAUUUCAACAAUUUACUGUUGAAGAUUUUUUUGAUACUUAUAUGGAGGUAUUGAAACGUUUGAAAGCCAUCGAUGAUGUAGAAGAAGCCCGAAAAGAACUACACACCUUGUUUAAUGAUCAAGGUUUUUCGGAUUAUAUGGUGGUCUAUCUGAGACUUCUUACUAGCGGUCAGCUCCAAAAAGAUCAAGAUUUUUAUAGCUGUUUCAUUGAAGGGGAUCGGACUGUUGUUGAUUUCUGCCAUCAAGAAGUGGAACCUAUGUAUAAAGAAAGUGACCACAUUCAUAUAAUUGCUGCCUGUGCAGCAUUGCAAACAGGAGUUCGAGUUAUCUAUAUGGAUAGGGGUACAGGUAAAUCUUGUACCCAACAUGAUUUGCCCGAGGGUUGUACUCCUACUGUUCAUCUCCUUUACCGUCCAGGACAUUAUGAUAUUUUGUAUCCUUAGAAUGUAGAUUUAAGAUUUUUGUAUUUUGUUUAACAUUUCUUCAAUAAAAAUUUGGAUUUUUGAAAAUGUGA